GGGCCGGGGCCGCCACCUUCUGCCCACAGGUACCGCAGGCCGUGAGCGCACCCCACCCCUGCGCGCUAUGGGCUCGGACGUCUGGGUCGGCUCCUGGCGGCCCCACCGGCCCCGCGGCCCCAUCGCAGCGCUCUACAGAGGCCCGGGGCCCAAAUACAUGCUGCCACGGAACACCGGCUACGUCCUACACGACCCGUCGCGGCCCCGCGCCCCGGCCUUCUCCUUCGGCGCGCGCCUGCCCUCGCAGCAGACUUCCUGCGGCCCGGGGCCCGGCCACCUGGUUCCUGCACACAUAACCGUGCGCGGCCGCGACGGCACCCCCGCCUACUCCAUCUACGGCCGCCCCCGCCACGCAGCGCCCCUCCUCACUCCCGGACCGGGCAGGUACUUCCCCGAGCGAGCCGGGAACGCGACGUACCCCAGUGCGCCUCGGCACACCAUCGCUCCCCGAAACUGGGGCACCCACGCGAAGCAGCAGACACCAGGCCCUGGGACCUACACUGUGCCCUCGCUCUUGGGUCCGCGCGUCAUCGGUAAAGUCUCGGCCCCAACUUACUCCCUCUACGGCCGCAGCGCAGUGGGCAGUUUCUUCGAGGACCUCAGCAAGACCCCGGGCCCCUGCGCCUACCACGCGGUGAACACUGGGAUCUACAAGUCUCGGGCCCCCCAGUUCUCCAUGCUGGCGCGGACUUCGCUCCCGCAAGAUAACACCCUGAAUCCCGGGCCCGCAGCCUACAACGUGGACCAGCCCCGGAAACCCCGCGGCUGGAGCUUCGGGAUCCGGCACUCGGACUACCUGGCUCGGGUCCCGACCAAGGCGGACGACUGACCCGCCGGGAGGGCGCGGCCCGACAGACAUUUGCCUAAAGCUUCCCGAACCAGCAGCGUGUCCGCCUCUCUGU